AUGGCCUUACUUGCGACAAUUCACAGAAGAGUAAUCGAUAUGGGACUAGUCCCAAAGAUAAUGAAACGAUUACCAUUAGUUUCUAUUUUUUUAGCAGCCAUAGGAAUAGUUUUAUUCUUGAUGCUACCUAUGGAUGGCCAGUAUAGACAUACAUAUAUUUCAGAAAAUGCGUUAAUGCCUUCUCAAGCAUAUUCAUAUUUUAGAGAAAGUGAAUGGAAUAUUUUAAGAGGUUACCGUACAGAAAUUGAUAUCUUUCCUUCUAUGCCCAGCCGUGAUAGAAACUUAGUAAUGACUCAAUGGUUAGAAGAAUUUGGCACUAAAACCUCUGUAUAUCAUAAUGAUGAAUAUGGGGAUACAUUAUAUGGUAUAUUUAAUGCUCCAAGAGGUGAUGGUACAGAAGCAAUUGUAUUGGCCAUCCCAUGGUAUAAUGCAGACGGUGAAUUUAAUACUGGUGGUGCUGCACUAGGGAUUGCACUAUCAAGAUUUUUUUCUCGUUGGCCAAUCUGGUCUAAAAAUAUUAUUGUUGUAUUCAGUGAAAAUCCAGAUGGUGCAUUAAGAUCUUGGGUUGAUGCGUAUCACCAUUCAUUAGAUCUAACUGGGGGUUCGAUUGAGGCAGCUAUUGUUAUGGAUUAUCCUUCAAGUUCUGAUUUCUUUGAUUACGUGGAAAUUUAUUACCAUGGCAUAAACGGUGAACUACCAAACUUGGAUUUACUAAAUAUUGCAAUUCAAAUUACAGAACAUGAAGGGAUGCAAGUAUCUUUACAUGGAUUACCAAAGGAAAGUUUACAUCAAAAUAAUUAUUUCUCUCGUUUAAGAACCUUAUUAUUGGGUACAAAAGACGCAUUAUUAUCUGGUAUCAAACCCCGUCAUGGUAAUGAAGCCUUUAGUGGUUUUAGAAUUCAAGCCAUAACUCUAAAAGCAAAAUUUACACCUGACAAUAAUGAUCAUGAUAUUACAAGCUUUGGCCGUAUUGCAGAAGCUUCCUUUAGAUCUGUGAACAAUUUGUUAGAAAAGUUCCAUCAAUCAUUUUUCUUUUAUUUAAUUCUAGCUCCAAAAUAUUUUGUUUCCAUCAGUAGUUAUUUACCAAGUGCUGUUACAUUUUCUGUUGCGUUUGCAAUUUCAUCGUUGAGCUCUUAUAUUAACAAUUCAUAUUCUACUUUACCCAUAUUUUCUGAAUACAAUUUAUUGGCUGGUUUAUUAUUUACUAUAUCAAUCACUUUUUCAUUCUUUGUUGCAAGAUUAUCCUUAUUAUUCACUGAACCCAGACUUUUGGUUCUGGGAUCAGUAUUUUUAUCUGUCCUCCCUCAUUUAUUAGGUAACAGAUUCACUAUUCCUGAACCUUUGAGUUAUAGGUUGAAAUCUAUUGCCUUUUUAUAUAUUAGUUUAGUAUUAACUUCAUUGUUGGUCCUAAACUUUUCAUUAGCAUUCGGCAUAGGAAUCUUAGGUUUUGCAAUGACUGCAGUUAAAACUAUCACCAUUCAUUCAUCAAUGAGGGUUAGGGUAAGAAAUACAAUGCAUUUACUAUUAUCUAACCCUUUUACGUCAGUACUACUAUUCACGUAUAUUUUUGACAAAGAUAUUUAUGGAAUUAAAAUCUUUUAUGAAUUUAUUCACUCAUGGAAUACAUUAAACUGUUGGACAUGGUUCAUUAUCUGUGUUGGGUGGUUACCACCUUGGAUUUUAGUCUCUAUAUCGAGUAUUCAGACAAAUACAGUUAUGCAAUCACCUGAUUAUGGCAAGAAACAAUUAUAA